GUAGUGACAUUGACCAAGAUGGCCGACAGAGCAGCUUUGUUCUCCUGAAGAAGUUUCAAACUAAUGCUUUAACGGUUAUGUAGAUCGUUAAAUAUUCGUCUUUUCUGAAGCCCACGAAACGGAAGUCGGGUUUGGAGCGACGGAGUGUUACCUGAAGUGAAGAUUGAAGACGUGAUAGAAGAUGGACGACUACUGCUAUGCUAAGACGGUGACGUCAUGUCAAAGAGAAAGUGAAAAACAAUCAGCAAGGCAGAAAAAGACCAACAUUCCAAAUGAAGAUGAACGACUUGAAGUUUCCGACAACGACAUUUUGGAGGCUGGCGGAAGCCCCGAAAAGAGCGUUGAUGAUACACUAGCUGACUUUGUCGAAGAGUGUAAAGAAAGAACGGCCAUGAUUGUUAGCUUGAAGAAGAAGAGAGAAAAAAGAUGUUCAAUGUGUGCAGAGAAGACUGGAGCACAUGUUUACAUCAACCUGCAGAGGAUUGGAGACGUCCAGCAGCAUCCAGAAGAACGUUCCACUCAGUCACGAGGGAGCUCCACUUUGAAGCAGGAGACUCCACAGCCACCUCACUUAAAAAAGGAAGAGGAGGAACUCUGCAUCACUCAGGAGGGAGAGUGUCUUCUAGGGUCAAAAGAAGCUGAUCCCACCAAGUUGCCACUGGCUGUUGUCCCUGUGAAGACUGAAGAUGAUGAAGAGAAACCCCAACUAAACACACUUGUAUCUCCACGACCAGAUAGUGAGGCUGAAGACGAGGUUGAAGUAACUCUGAGCAGCGAUACAGACUGUGAAGGUGAUGUGAGGACUCCCACCGACAACAAACACUCCGAAUGCCUCAAAAAGAGGAGAGGUCAAAAACUUUUGAGCUGCUCGGUUUGCGCGAAAGGUUUCACUGCAAAAAGCCAUUUGAUUCAGCACAUGAGAACACACACAGGAGAAAAGCCGUUUAUUUGUUCAGUUUGCGGUCAAAGGUUUGCCAAAAAGAGCAAUUUGACUGAACACAUGAGAACGCACACAGGAGAAAAACCAUAUAUUUGUUCAGUUUGUGGCCAAAGGUUUGCUAAAAAUAGCCAUUUGACUCAACACAUGAUAACGCAUACUGGAGUUAAAACGUUCAGUUUUAGUUGUUCAGUUUGUGGUAAAAGCUUUUCUCAAAACAGGUAUUUGACUGAACACAUGAAAAUGCACACAGAAGAAAAAACAUUUAAUUGCUCCGUUUGUGAUAAAAGCUUUUCUCGGAAGAGUGGUUUGACCCAACACAUGAGAACACACACAGAAGAAAAAUUUUGUUGCUCUCUUUGCGGCAAAAGGUUUUUUUUCAGACAAAGUUUGACUCAACACAUCAUGAAACACACUGGGGAAAAACCAUUUAAUUGUUCAGUUUGCAGUAAAAGCUUUCCUAAAAAGUAUGAUUUGACUCAACACAUGAGAACACACACCGGAGAAAAACCAUUUGAUUGUUCAGAUUGUGGCAAAAGCUUUUCUCAAAAAAGUGGUUUGACCCAACACAUGAGAACACACACAGGAGAAAAACCAUUUACUUGUUCAGUCUGCGGUAAAAGUUUUCAUCAAAAAGUCAAUUUGACUGAACACACGAGAACACACACAGGAGAAAAACCAUUUGAUUGCUCAAUUUGUGGUAAAAGUUUUCCUCACAAGAGCAAUUUAAUUCAACACAGGAUAACACACACGGGAGAAAAACCAUUUAAAUGUUCCGUUUGCAGUAAAGGUUUCCCUCACAAGAGAAAUUUGAUCCCGCACAUGAGGACGCACACAGGAGAAAAACCAUUUAAUUGUUCAGUGUGCGACAAAAGCUUCUCUCAGAAGAACAGUUUGGCUGAUCACAUGAGAACGCAUACAGGAGAAAAACCCUUUACUUGUUCAGUUUGCGACAAAAGCUUUCAUACCAGACAAGGUUUGACCCAGCACAUAAGGUCACACACGGGAGAAUAACCAAUUUGCUGUUAAGUUAGUUCUGACCAACUGGGGAAGAACCAUCUUCUUCAGUGAUGCCCGAUUUUGAACACCAACAUGACUCGAUUUGCCUGGAACUACACCUGGUUGCAUGGUGUUCAUGUUUUUGUGUCUGCAAACCACCAUCAGAUGAAGACUUAUUGGACAAUUUAAUAUCUGAGACUAUUGACUAGUCAUCCACUUAAAGUCUGAAAUGAUUCUUCUUAGGGAUCGAAAUGGCCACCAUGGAGACUUGCUGAGAAGUAAAAAGACGUGACAUUCUUGAGGGUUAAGCACGAGAGUUAGUUAUACUCAGCAGCCUCCGUCAACUAGGAAGGAUGGAAUUUGCUCCAAACUGGAUGUCUCCCUUUCUACUUCACCAGACAAUCAUGUUGUGACUGUCAGUGCUCCUCUCGGCUCCUCCUCUGACAACUGUGUUGUAUCUACUGUGGCUCACUACACUCUUCCAGCGUUAAUGGCGAAGCAAUGCUUUCAUAUUUAGCUUAAAAGAACCAGGAGCCAAUACAGCGUGGGCCUAUAUUAGUUUAAGUUCAAAAGUCAAAGUAGCAAUAAUUGUCACACACACACACAUUAGUUGUGGUGAAAUGUGUCCUCUGCAUUUGACCCAUCCCCUUGUUCACCCCCUGGGAGGUGAGGGGAGCAGGGAGCAGCAGCUGUGGCCGCGC